UGUAAACAAACGCCCGAAGCAGCUGCUUUGGGCCGCGGCCGUUGAGAGUUUCUUCAAAAUUCGUUUUAGGGUGUCGUGCAUCACACACAUUAAGCGCGUUUAACUCGCAAUAAGCGUUUAAGCUAGUCAACGCUCCAUAUCGCGAGCGCAGUAUGUUUCCUGUGCACGCGCGUGAGGUUAACGCACCGGAACGUAGUACAACUCCGGUAAACGCAAUUUAAGCCUAAAUUGGCGCUGUCAACGAAAGGACGCAUCGGCGCUACCGUUUGGGAACCAAUUAACUAACAUAACUUAUUCGAACGGUAGUGUUCAUUUUGACCUGGUUUAUUUUCGUAGCUUUAGCUGACGCAUAACCACCGGGCUAAAUACUGCCAUGAAAAUGAGGUCAUGUGGCAAUGUUGAUCAUUGAAUGGUUUUCUCUAUGGUGAAUAUAUGCAGGUGCGCAGGGUUUCAAUGCUUUUACGGCUUAAUAAAUUCUCUGUACGUUUAAGAAAGAUUUCUGUGCAUCACUUUGCAUAUUUAACUUAUUUAGCAGGAAGUAGUAAACAUGUAGAGAAAUGACAACACUAACCUCCCGACUCCCUUGUGGCUGCGGCUUCGGCUCCUUUGCUCCCAAUGAAUCGUAAAAUGGCCGCCUAGUUUGUUUUCACAGGUGGGCGGCGGUUAGUUUCACCUUAGGAGGGAUUAAUUCUCGCUGACUCCUUCGUACCACUAGUUGUUUCGCUCGGAAGACGAAUCAUCCAAGACUCGGCGAUUGCAAUGGACGUCGUCGAUGUGUGGUACAACAAGCAAGACUACAUAGAAACUGCUUCCGGGAACAAAGUGAGCAGGAACUCUGUUCUCUGCGGUAGCCACAACAUUGUUCUCAACGGAAAGACAAUAAUUCAAUCCGAGUCCAUCAUACGCGGGGACCUCGCGAAUGUCCGGAUUGGUCGCCACUGCGUCAUAAGUAGCCGUUCAGUCAUCAGGCCUCCCUUCAAGAAGUUCAGCAAAGGCGUGGCCUUCUUUCCACUUCAUAUUGGCGACCACGUCUUCAUCGGCGAAGACACUGUCGUCAAUGCGGGUCAUGUCGGCUCUUACGUCUACAUUGGAAAGAACUGCGUUAUAGGGCGGCGGAGUGUGCUCAAGGACUGUUGCAUGAUUGAGGACAACACUGUGCUGGCACCCGAGACCGUUGUACCCGCGUUUGCCGUGUUCUCGGGGUCUCCAGGUCUCUUCACCGGCGAACUCCCAGAGUGCACGCAAGACCUGAUGACAAACUACACUAAGGCAUACUAUCAUCAUUUCAGGCCAUCGGAGAAUGCUACAGGCUAGCUUCAAAAAUGUUUUUGUAUUAUUUAAGAAU